AGAUUCAAUUUCAGUCUUUACAAUAAACAGCAAAUCAUUGUCUCUGCAGAAUUCUGAAAAUCUACAAAGAAUAGUCAUUCUUGGUGUUUUAUUAACUUUCAUAGUUUUAUUAAUUAAAAUAACAAAAAAACAAUAAAUUUCUCAAAAAUAAUGUGAUUGUUCAUAUUGUUAUCAAAAUACAUUUAAUAUAUCAUUCGAAAUAUUUGUAUUGUUUACGCUUUAAAGUCGUAGUGUAAAGUUAAAAUGUCCGGAGAUCUCCUUUUUGGAUGGGAUUUGACGUUUAAGACUAUUGAAAGGGAUAUACGGCGAAAAUCUGAUAUCCUAGUCGCUUUUAUUCAUUGGAAUUUAAUCAGAAGGGGUUUUCGUAGUAUUGGUGUAGGGGAUGAGCGUACAUUGACUGGUGAAGAAGAGAGAAGUGAAUUGCUGCCAACAGGCUGGCAUGACAAAGAUACUUACAUUAUAAGAUAUCUUUUAGAAGACAAGCUAUAUAUUCUCCAUGCAUUGAACACUGAUGGCAAUUUAAUCUUCAAUUUAAUGAGGUCAGAUGACUUAGCAGUAUCAAAUAUUGCAUUAAAUAUUGAGGACACAGUGACAGAGAUGAGUGGGCCCAUAGACAAGAUGAUGCCAUACCAUAAAGAUUUGAUAUAUAAUUUGAAAAGAGAUCUGAUAGAUACAAUUACAUCAAAGCCCACUACAACCACAGAGACACAGACAUCAAGAAGCAAUACCAGCAGGAUUCCUUCAGAUGAUCCUCUUAGAGUACCACCAAGACCACGGCCAAGUGCACGACCUGAUAUACCAGAUCCAUGGGACUUGCCUCCUGCACCUUUAAAUAUUGGCCGCUCUGAUCUUGAUCCAUUCGCUCCAGGAGGUGGUGGUAUGAUUUUCAAUCCAUUUGCACCUGGCAGGAAUCCAGAUGACCCUGGACUUGGCAUUCCUGGUGGACUUCCAAGAGGCGCAGUCCCACCUGGGGCUCGUUUUGAUCCCUUCGGUCCGCCCGCCGUUGGUCCUCGGCCUGGUCGCAGACCGGGGCCACCUGAUGCUGACCAUUUUCCUCCGCCGGGGUUCAACGAUCACAUGUUUAUGUAAUCUACAUUGAUAUUAUGAUAGAUUAUAAACGAAAUAAUUAAAGUUUUUAUUUAUA